GGGCAGCCUGUGCAGAUCGCCAGCCCUGAAUGCUUCUCCUGGCUCUGCAGUCAGCAUGCAGCAGCAACCAUCAUCAGGACCCUUGGCUCCUUCUGCAGAGCCCACCAAGCCCCCUUACAGCUACAUAGCCCUGAUUGCCAUGGCUAUCCAGAGUUCACCGGGUCAACGGGCCACCCUCAGUGGCAUCUAUGGCUACAUCAUGGGCCGCUUCGCCUUUUACCGGCACAACCGGCCGGGCUGGCAGAACAGCAUCCGCCAUAACCUGUCCCUCAAUGAGUGCUUCGUCAAGGUACCUCGCGACGACCGCAAGCCAGGCAAGGGCAGCUACUGGACCCUGGACCCCGACUGCCAUGACAUGUUCCAGCAUGGCAGCUUCCUCCGCCGCCGCAGACGCUUCACCAAGCGCACAGGUGCCCAGGGCACCAAGGGCCCUAUCAAGGCAGACCCCAGGCCUCUCAGAACCACCAGCCUGGACCCAGGCACCCCCAACACCACUACUGGCAAGUUGUGCCCAUUCCCACCAGAGGUGCCAAACCCCAAGGGCCUAAGCUUUGGGGGUCUGAUGGGGUCUUUGCCAGCCAGCGUAUGUCCAGCAACCAGUGAUGCCAGGCCCCAGUUGCCCAUUGGACCCAAAGAGAUGUGCUCAACCAAGUCUACAGGCCCAAGAGAGCUCACCUCGCCCUCCCCAUGCCCAGCAUUCGGCUUUUCUGCUGCCUUCUCUGAAGCGGAGAGUCUCAGCAAGGCCUCCACACCUGGUGUGGCCCCUGAGGGCGUGGGGAGCAGCUACCAGUGCAGGAUGCAGGCGCUGAAUUUCUGUGUGGGGACUGACCCGGGCCUUGAACACCUCUUGGCCUCUGCAGUUCCCACCCCAGCACCUUCGACUCCUUCAGCCUCUCACCGGGCACUGCCCUUGCCAGCUGACUCCAAGGAACCCUGGGUGGCUGGGAACUUCCCUGUCCAGGGAGGUUCCGGGUACCCCCUGGGGCUACCUCCUUGCCUUUACCGGACACCAGGAAUGUUCUUCUUCGAGUGACUGCAGCAGUCCCUCUGCAGGGCCUCUGUCAACUGUUCUCUGCAGAUUCAGUCUGCCUAUUGGACCUAGGACACUCUUCAAGGACCCAGCCCUGGCAGGCCAAGGACUGUGAGGAACGGAAGACAGAAGUGAGCAGUCGUCAGCCAGGUCCCCCGGGCCUCCUGACAA